AUGCCAAUCGGAUUCGCCGGGUUGAUGCUGCCUACCUCGUUCCUUGGAUGGAGUUUGGUGCCCUUGGUAAUGAUCGGUCUGACGUACUUCCGGUACAACGCGGUGGAUCCGGAAUCGCAUCCAAGCGAUGCUACCAAGCUGCUCCGCAUGUACGAUUUCAUAGUGAUCGGAGGAGGCAGUGCAGGAGCGGUCCUCGCGUCGAGACUUUCCGAAGUGGAGGAAUGGACGGUGUUGCUCCUGGAAGCAGGAGGCGACGAGAACGAAGUGUCGGACGUGCCUGCCUUGGCGGGAUACAUGCAGCUUUCCGAAUUCGACUGGAAAUAUCAAACCGCGCCGCCAACUUCGUCCGCGUAUUGCCUGGCUAUGGUGGGGGACAGGUGCAACUGGCCUCGAGGAAAGGUCCUCGGAGGCAGCAGCGUCCUGAACGCCAUGAUUUACAUCCGUGGCAAUAGGUUGGACUACGACACCUGGGCCCGUUUGGGAAACACCGGCUGGAGUUACGAGGAGGUGCUGCCCUACUUCCUGAAAUCCGAGGACAACAGGAACCCGUACCUGGCGAGGACUCCUUAUCACGGGACGGGAGGUUACCUGACGGUGCAGGAGGCACCCUGGAGAACGCCCCUCUCGUUGGCCUUCGUCCAGGCAGGGAUCGAAUUAGGAUACGCGAACGGAGACCUGAACGGCGCCAACCAGACCGGGUUCAUGCUGGCCCAAGGGACCAUCCGAAGAGGCAGUCGCUGCUCGACGGCGAAGGCGUUCCUCAGACCGGUAAAAAACAGGAAGAACCUCCACAUCGCGAUGCGGUCGCAGGUCCUCAGGGUCAUCUUCAACGCGGACAAGCGAGCGAUCGGGGUGGAGUACCUAAAAGACGGCCAGCGGAGGACGGUCCGGGUGAGAAGGGAGAUCGUUCUGUCCUCGGGAUCUAUAGGGUCCCCGCAGCUGCUGAUGCUGUCGGGGGUGGGGCCCAAGGAGCACCUCGCGGAGCACGGGAUCCCGGUGAUCUCGGACCUGAAGGUGGGCCACAACCUGCAGGACCACGUCGGCCUGGGCGGCCUGACCUUCCUCGUGGACGAGCCGGUCUCCCUGCGCAAGGAUCGCUUCCAGACCCUCCCCGUCACCCUGGAGUACAUCCUGAACGAGCGGGGUCCCAUGACCUCCCCCGGCGUGGAGGGUCUCGCCUUCGUCAACUCCAAGUACGCCGACAGGAACGUGGAUUACCCCGACGUUCAGUUCCACUUUGCUCCCAGCUCCAUCAAUUCGGACGGCGGGGACCACAUCAGGAAGAUCCUGGCACUCAGGGACCGGGUCUACAACACCAUGUACAAGCCCCUGGUGAACGCGGAGACCUGGACCAUCCUGCCCCUUCUGCUGAGGCCGAAGAGCUCGGGGUGGGUCAAGCUCAGGAGCAAGGAUCCCCUGAUGUAUCCCGAGAUCGUCCCUAAUUAUUUCACGCACAAGGAGGACAUCGACAUCCUAGUCGAGGGAAUCCGCAUCGCCAUGGCGGUCUCCAACACCACGGCCUUUAAGAGGUUCGGGUCCAGGCCUCUCGCCAUCCCCAUGCCCGGGUGUCAGCAUCAUCCCUUUGGUACCUACGAGUACUGGGAGUGCGCCAUCAGGCAUUUCACCUUCACUAUUUAUCAUCCCACCGGGACGUGCAAAAUGGGCCCUUCCGGCGAUGCUUCGGCCGUGGUGGAUCCUCGGUUAAGGGUGUACGGCGUCAAGGGCCUCAGGGUCGUGGAUGCGUCGAUCAUGCCGCAGAUCGUUAGCGGGAAUCCUAAUGCUCCUACGAUUAUGAUCGCCGAGAAGGCGAGCGAUAUGAUCAAGGAGGACUGGAGGUACAAGAAGCGGACUACCGGAAGAUGACGAACGGACGAAAACGUGGAGCUUUCCUUUUUUCGGCGUAAUGAAAUAUCAUUCUCUGGCUUGACGGACCGAGCCAUGGCCUCACCGGAUUUAGAUGUUUCAAUAAUUAAAUAGAUCAUUUGUUUAAUUAGAAAAAUACGCAACCGUCGAAUCGGUCGACUCGAGAGAAUGGCAAAGAUUUAUCGCGUGAUCAUAAAUGUUUGUACAUUUUUAAUCUACUAAUUUCCCAGCAAUGCGUAAAAUAGCUCGUUAUAGACGUUUUCGACCAAACUGAUUUUCGCGUAUAUACAAUAUUUUAGUUUAUUUAAAUAUUAACCUUACGAUAAUUGAAGCAGUAAAAAAAAUUCCGAACCAUCGAAAUAAGACGAUAAAAUAUCAAAGAAUAACGUUUAUGUGAGAAUUAUAUUUUUAUACAUAAUUAAUUUAGGUUACGUUAACUUAAGAUUCCGAUGGAGAGGGCGCUUAAUUUAGCCUAAGUAUAAAGGACCGAGAACAAUUCGGAUUAUCGAGAGAAAUUAAAGAAUCGUAUAUAUAUAUAUAUAUGUUUCACUCUCGAUUGGAGUGCCAAAAUAUUUGAAAUAAAAAUAUCUGUUAUCAUUUCUCUCCAAGAAAA